AUGCGGGAUAGAUUUUUUUCCUUCUUUCCUUACAGCACGAAAAGUGGAAAGAAAGAAACACACCGGAGAAGAAGGAGGAGCGAACAGGAAAGUGGAAGAAAGACGAAAGAUUCGCAAUUGAAAGCUUUCACUGCCAUGUCUAUGGCGUCUAGGGUUUCUCUUUUCAAGUCUUACUGAAAUCUUUCCUCUAUACGUAGUUUCUUCUACUCCCUGUUUCAUCGUCUUUGAAAACCCUAAUUCUUCAUGCAUCAAUUUCAACUGUUGUUCUUCACUCCACUUCAAGAUUGCCUUUGAAGUCGAGUCAGUUUUGCCGCAGUUGUUAUGGGUGCGCCAGAUAGAUCUCCGGCGACCUCCAAUUCUAUGCAGCGUGUCAAAGUAUAUCGUUUGAAUGAUGAUGGAAAAUGGGAUGAUCAAGGAACUGGACAUGUUACUGUUGACUAUUUGGAGAGAUCAGAGGAAUUGGGGUUGUGUGUCGUUGAUGAAGAGGACAAUGAGACUCUACUUCUACACCGUAUUAGUUCAGAUGACAUUUACAGAAAGCAAGAAGAUACUAUAAUCUCUUGGAGAGAUCCAGAAUAUUCUACAGAGUUAGCUCUUAGCUUUCAAGAGACAACUGGAUGUUCAUACAUAUGGGAUCACAUCUGCAAUGCGCAAAGGAAUCUCCAUUUUAAUUCUCUCAACAAUGAUACGUUCCACAGCAUGAACAGUGAGUUGAGGGAGUUGCCUGCAAUUGAGCUAUCAACACUGCCCCUAAUACUUAAGAUUGUUGUUGAAAGUGGCAUUACAGAUCAGAUGCGGUUAGUGGAACUCAUAGUUGCCAAUCAAGAUUUUUUCAAAAAGCUGAUGGACAUAUUUCAUAUCUGUGAAGACUUGGAAAAUCUUGAUGGUCUUCACAUGAUAUAUAAAAUAGUCAGGGGGAUCAUCAUGCUGAAUAGCUCACAGAUCUAUGAGAAAAUUUUUGGAGAUGAAUUAAUCAUGGACAUCAUUGGUUCUCUAGAAUACGAUCCAGAGUUGCCUCAUGUCCAGCAUCAUCGUAAUUUUUUGAAAGAGCAUGUCAUUUUCAAAGAGGCUAUACCCAUCAAGGAUCCAUUGGUUUUGUCGAAGAUACAUCAAACAUACAGAAUUGGCUAUCUAAAGGAUGUUGUUUUGGCUAGAGUAUUGGAUGAGUCCACAAUUGCAAAUCUAAAUUCCAUUAUCCAUGCAAACAAUGCGCUGGUUGUUUCUUUGUUGAAGGAUGACAAUACAUUUAUUCAGGAGUUAUUUGUAAGGCUGAAAUUGCCAACGACGUCUGAAGAAUCUAAAAAGAAUUUGGUACAUUUUUUGCACGAGUUUUGCAGUUUAAGUAAAAAUUUACAGAUGGUUCAGCAGCUACGACUAUUUCGGGAUCUUAUGAAUGAGGGAAUUUUUGAUGUCAUUGCCGAUGUAUUACAAAGUCCAGAUAAAAAAUUUGUGUUAACUGGGACAGAUAUCCUUAUUCUUUUCUUGAACCAAGAUCCAAAUCUUCUACGUUCUUAUGUUGUUAGGAAGGAAGGAAUUCCACUCCUAGGACUGCUGGUUGAAGGCUUGAUUACCGAUUUUGGUGAGGAGAUGCACUGUCAGUUUUUUGAAAUCCUCCGAUGUUUACUGGAUUCCUACACACUAUCAGGAGCAGGCCAGAGAGAAACUGUUGUCGAGAUAUUCUACGAGCAUCAUUUGGGUCAAUUAAUUGAUGUUAUAGCAGUGUCAUGCCCUCCAGAACAUCUUUAUCCAUUAAGCAACAAAACUGGACACUCUGGUUUAUUAAAGAAUCGGAGCAUAGUAAAGCCUGAAACACUAUCCAACAUUUGUGAACUGCUUUGCUUUUGUGUUCUGCACCACCCUUACAAGAUAAAGUCCAACUUUCUCGUGAAUAACGUCAUAGAUAAAGUGUUGUUACUGACUCAAAGAAGGGAAAAAUAUUUGGUUGUUGCAGCUGUUCGGUUUGUUCGUACUAUUUUAUCUCGACAUGAUGACGAUCUGAUAAAUCAUUUUAUCAAAAAUAAUCUUUUAAAACCAAUUAUAGAUGCCUUUGUUGCUAAUGGGAAUCGUUACAAUCUGCUCAACUCUGCUGUUUUAGAUUUAUUUGAAUAUAUCCGCAAGCAGGAAAAUCUGAAAUCUUUAGUUAAGUACAUGGUCGAUUCAUUCUGGAAUCAGUUGGUUCAGUUUGAGUAUUUGGCUUCAAUUCAGUCUCUAAAAGUAAAAUAUGAGCAGUGCCUAGACGAUUUUGGUACAAGAGGCACAACUACUAAUGUGUUAGAUCCUAGAAAAAGAAUCGAGGAGCGUGCUUUGGAGAAAGAAGAAGAAGACUAUUUUAACGAAGAGAGUGAUGAGGAGGAUACUGCAACUGCAUCUGUUUCAAAUGUACAGAAAGCGCAGUCUUCACCUGUUCUAUGUAAUGGAGUUGCUGCAAGUUACCCUCCACCAAGUCCUCGACCUGGUGGUGGACUUGUUGACUACGAUGAUGAUGAGGACGAUGGAGACUACAUGCCACCGCCAAGAAAACAAUCAGAAACGGUGGAAGAAGAUGAAGGAGCAUUGCAUACCCUCAGGUUGAAGCGGAAACCUCUUCACAAGGACAAGGAUUCUGAGAAGGUGAAAAAGCAGCGACUGGGGAAAAACUCCAAGACAAAAGAUGGUGUAUUUGCUGCCUUGUGUUCUACAUUGAGCCAAGCAGUUCUGCCCAACAAGAAUGCAGCGAGCUCUCAGCACUCUAGGCCCCAUCCAAUUGAUGGGAACAAAAGUUCAGAACACGAGAGUCCGAAAGAGAUGGAUGAGAAUGCUUUAAGAAGCUCAACUGCUGAUGAUGGCAGUAGCAGUUUGGAUGAGGAGAACCAUACAGAAAAGCAACCAAUUUCUUCUAAAAAGUGUUCUGAUCCGUUGCUUAAACCUUCAGAUAAUAGACAGUUGAAUGGAGAAGACUGUUCAUUGAUUCCUCCAAACUCCUCUCCUGAAAUGACUGUAAAUGGAUCGUAGGUUCUCUCUUCAUGGCAGGGUGAUUGCAAUUUUCUUCCAUUUUCGUUUGCCUUGUGAAUAUGCUUUGGUGCGAAAAGGGACCCGGACUAGUCAUGAAUCGACAACUUCAAAAGGAAGCUAGUCUUGGAACAAAUUGGCUUCAAGGCUUUCCAUCAAAGGCAAUGGAGCUAGUUGAUGCCUGUAAAAUAGUGUACUGACCGAGUGGUGGAUUGGAAGCCUUCUUGUGUUGCAUUCGUGCGCUCAAACAACCUUCCACCAGACCCUUUUUUUUUAUCGCGAGUUUAGAAAACCGUUGCUUUAAGUUGAACAGUUGUUGGCAUCAAUUUUGUUAUCUGAUUUGAACCCCUCCCCCCCAACCUCCACCCCAAACACCUAAAAGAGAUAGGGGGUGUAUACAAAUAUUUAUAUCCAUGGGUUCAGCUGUGUAAACUAAUGUCAUUCAGUAGACAAGAACGGGCAAGUUCCUACCAAACGAUAUGGAUUUUAUUACUUGCAUUGCUCAUUCAGUUGAGUGUGUUUCUGACACACGGUUCUUCUGGGUUGGGUUGGAUCAAAUUUUAAUCUUUACGUUCUACUGAGCUUAUCUACCUGAAAUGUAGUGUAGACGUCUGUAUAGCGGACUUUUAAUUCAGGAUGUGUUUAUUUUUGGUCU